UCCUCCUCAUCAGCCCAAGCAAGACAAGCCAAGGUCCAAAGGCGAGCCGCCCACGCUGCCGCCGUGGCAGACAAGUCCAUGCCUCCGCCGCCUCCUCCCCCCCGGUCCCUUCUUCCAGCUCAACGUCGUCGUUUUCGAAUGGUAGACUCAGAAAGGAAGCCUCAGGGUUGCUUCCAAACAGGAAUUUGGAAGAUCGAUCCGCUGUGGUUAAUGGGUCACCCUCGAGAAGCACUGCCGUCGGGAACGGUCGUGCUGCUUCUAGAUCUAUAGCUGGGAAAAGGUCUCCUCCUCCAGAGAAAAGUGAGAGAAAGAUGCCAUCUUGCUCGGGAAGGUCAGCCAAAGAUGACAAGGCAAAUGGGUCAUCUGAUCACCGUGCGAACCAUGUCGAUUCCACCUCAUUACAAUCGGAACAAUUAGCUGGUGCUGCUAACCAUUCUGCCGCACCAGCAGCUGAAAAAGUGAACUAUGAAGUGGUGGAGUGGCCGAGAAUUUACGUGGCUUUGUCUAGGAAGGAGAAAGAAGAUGAUUUCCUUGCAAUGAAAGGCACGAAGCUGCCUCAGAGACCCAAGAAAAGGGCCAAGAACAUUGACAGAACUCUUCAGUAUUGUUUCCCAGGGAUGUGGCUAUCUGACUUGACAAGGAAUCGCUAUGAGGUCAGGGAGAAGAAAUGUGUGAAGAAGCAGAAGCGAAGGGGACUGAAAGGGAUGGAGAGCGUGGAAAGUGAUUCCGAGUAGCAGUAAUCGGGCCGAUUAAUUUUUAUAUUCAUGUAAACAAAACUUGUGGAAAAUGAUUUAAAAAAAGUGUGAGAGAGACAGAGAGACCUAUCCGAGCAGCACAAGGCAGGGAGAGAGGGAGAGACCUUUUUGUAGUCCACCUGUCCUUCUUUUGUAGGACCACGUGGCUUUCCCUCUUUGGUGAUCUACGAGUUUUGUACAGUGGACGACAUGUCGCUAAUGAUAUAUGAGCCGACGACAAGAAGUGGAGUUUCUUUCUAAAGUUGGUGAAUUUCUUUGGUUUCUGUCGUUUAAUUAUUCUCUUUGGUAUUUUCAUGCCAAAAUCUAAAAUCAAUGACAAAAGCUUGUUCACUUUUCCUUUUC